AGUGAGUUCACCUGGGCGUGUCAUUUACACGCAGGUAGUUUCGACACUCUAUCCAGGCUGAUGUCACUCUUUACUUUUGAAAUUUCAGCAAGAGGGCCAUAAGAAAAGAAACAAAAAGGGAAGCGGAGUAAUGGGACUUGUGCUGAGUCCAACACAAAGUCGGAAUGCAUCAUCCUAACUGACAACACUUUGAACAAGUCACUCCAGGACUGACUGUUGCACCACAUUCCUGUAAAAACGACCAGAAUUGCUUCUACAUUCACUGCAUUCCAAUAUAUGCUGAAAUUCAGCUUUUAUGCAUGAAUAUGAGUGUGGAUGCAUUCAAAACCUGCUGAGAGGUUCUUAUUAAAAGAUGCAGCCAGGAGGUCCUCCUGCACCCCCACCUCCACCCCCACCACCUCCACUUCCUCCGCCACCACCUCCUCCACCUCCAUCCCUACAUGGCCUGGGUCCAAUUUCAAGGUUGGAGCGCCGGCGCUCCAAGAUGCGCAACUUCAACUGGGAGACCCUACCCAAACACACAGUUAUAGGAAAGCACAACAUCUGGACAGCAGAUAAAACUGAUGGGGAAUAUGAGCUGGAUACUGAUCAUAUGGAGGAGCUGUUCAGCCACAAGCAGGCCCAGCAGCAAAUCAAAGCUCUGAACCGUCAGAGUCUGAGGGGCCUGCCAAGUUCUGCCACAGCAGGGGAAAUGAUUUCUGUCCUCAGCUCCAAGAGGAGCAUGAACAUUGGAAUUUUCCUAAAGCAAUUCAAGCGGUCUAUAAAGGACAUGAUUGAGGAUAUCAAAUCAGGAAAUGGCCUGGGCUUUGGUACUGGAAAACUGCAGGAAUUAUGCAAGAUGCUUCCGGAUGAAGGGGAGGUAAAGCAGCUGGUUAAUUUCAAAGGUGACAUGUCUGCUCUCCCUGAAGCAGAUCAAUUUAUGUUACUGUUGGUCAAGAUCCCCAGCUAUGAAGAGCGUUUGAGCUGCUUGGUGCUGAAGGAGGAAUUUUUUCCCCUUAUGGAUGAAGUAAAAGAAUUCAUCUGUACUUUGACCACUGCUGGAAGGGAGCUGCUAGAUUGCGAUAAUCUUCAUGCUGUCAUUCGCCUGGUCCUUAAGACUGGAAAUUACAUGAAUGCUGGCGGCUACGCGGGCAAUGCAGUUGGCUUCAAAAUGUCUUCUCUGUUGAAACUAGUGGAUACCAAAGCAAACAAACCUGGAAUGAAUCUUAUGCACUAUGUUGUGAUGCAAGCUCAGAAGGUGGACACAGCACUGCUUAAAUUUCCAGAACAGCUCAAACACAUUGAAGCUGCAGCAAGAAUACAUCAAGGUGACAUUGAAGGGGAGUAUCGAAAGCAAAUAAAGAAAGUGCAAGAUGCCAAUGCAAACACUUUAAAGCAGGAAGACCUAAAGGCACAGAUGGAGGAUUUUCUAAUGGAAGCGGAGGUUUGCUUGAAAGAAGUAGAAAUUGAUCUUCAGGAGUUACAGUCUGUAAGUGACAGAGUGGCACAGUACUUCUGUGAGGAUGCCAAGAAUUUUAAACUGGAAGAGUGUUGCUCCAUUUUCAACUCCUUUUGUGAAAGAUUUUUGCGAGCUAUGCAGGAAAACAAAGCUAGAGAGACUGCAGAGGUGAAACGGAGACACAGAGACAGACUGGAAAUUGCAGCCAAGCGGAGAUCCACAGCUACCUGCUCCAGUAGAGAUAAGGAAAUGGAUAGUGUUGCAUUAGAAUCUGUGCUACAAAACUUUGUCAUCAAACGUGGUUCUAGGAGAAGAGCAGAAAAGCCCUCAUCGACUCGUGGAAGCCCAACUAAUGGUAGUCCCAAUAACGGGAGCCUUUCAGAAAUUACUUCUCAGGAAACCCUUCCCCCAGUAAAUCAAAAGAUUCAAGCCUCAGUUAGAGCUAAGGACAUGGGCAGAAAAGAGUGGAGUUCAGCAGUUGAACUCACUGCGAACUUACGGAACUCGCACAAAGCCCAGUCAGACAUCGAGGACACAAUGGCAGAGAGUGAAAAUUCUAAUGAAGAAGAGAUGAAAACUUCCAAAGAAGAGGACUCUCGAGGACUUAGGAACCCUUUCAAAAGGACUGUUAGACUUAUGACCACAGUUAGAUCUUUUGAUGAUAAUGAGGAAGAUCUGCAAGAUAAUAAUGAGGAGGAGGCCCAACAGCUGCGUGAAGCAUCUAAAAAAGUUUUGCGUUUUCAGAACAGCCGUGGCAGCGUCUCAUCUGGGGACUACUCUCUGGAAAAUCAGAAGUCUCCUCCUCCAAAUGCGCCCAUACGCCGUCAGCUCACAUUUGAUGAGGAAGCGGAUAGGUAUCCUGAUGACCCCAGCAAUGAGGAUUUGCUUCAAGUUUUGCUCAAACCUCAACCUUCCCCUAAACGUAACCUUGGACGCCGCCAUACGCUGCCUACUAAAGUCCCAAAAACCGAGGCAGGGGAAAGUAAUCGGUGGACUGAACUGCCCGUCAGAACUCCAAAUCAUGUGGCUAAAGAAAAAGGGACGAUGCCAGAGCAAGAGGGCGCCGGACACCCUCCCUCCAAACCAGUGUUUGAUUAUACUGACAUUUCUCACAACUUAAAACAAUCAGGUGCUGAAGACACAAAUGACACAUCAGCAGAAAACACAAUCAAGCCACCUGUUUCCUCAGCUCCUGUGAUGCAGCCCACAGACAACGAUGUACAGAUAACUAGUGACACUGUUCCAGCCAGCAGCAAGCCUGUGGUGUUCAAAACUGAGACCACUGGACUAUUUUUUAGUUUUUUAAAACGCCUCGGCGAUAUGAGCAAACUACAAAGCAGCAAGGACACUGUAAAUAAGCCCACAGGCUCUGGUGUUUAGCCUUUGGGAUAUAUUUUUACAUGUAUAAAAGAUAAUUUAUCUAAUUUAAUGUUAAUUGCAAUUAAUUCAUGAUGACAACAAAGUGUUAAGAUUGUUCUAUUUUGGUAGUUUUUCCUAAAUUGUGAAUAUAUUCAAGAAAGCUUUAAGCAAGUGAGGAAGGUUUCUUUGUUUAGGAGAAGGCAUUUUGUAUGUUGUACCACUAGAUGGCAAAAUAUAGUUGGCUUAAAGUGGAGGUUUUCUGGUUGAUGUAGAAAGAUGGGCACAUUCAUUGUAUUUGCAUUUAUAUCCAUAUCCAAUAAGACUAUUUUGACUAAACUGUUCUCAAAAAUGGGAUAAAUGGUUUAAUGCCUACAGUGUGUGAACUUUGGAAGGAUUGACGUGCAAAACGUGCAGAAGGUACUGAGAAGGUGGAGAGAGACAGAAAGAGAGAGAGGGAGACACACCAAUGACUGUUUUCUAGUCAUUGAGAGAGAGAGAGAGAAUAAAAUGGCUCAGAGGCUGUAUUUAAAUCCUGGUUAGAUGUUUUUGUUUUUAAACUACGCGUGCUUGUAAUGCAUGCUUAAAUACAGUAUUUCCUUUUUUUUGUUUUGUUUUUAACUGAGUAUAUUUGUAUUGCUCUGUUUUCAACUCUUUUUGUGAAACAUUCUUGUAAUUCUUUUUUUUCCACAUUAUCACAGAAGCAUGUCAAAAAUGCAGAAGAGUGUGGUUGCUUUGAGGGUCUUACUCAAUUCAGCCAUUGUUUGAUCUUAAAUGGGUCAGUGUUACAAAGGCAGCCUGUAUUUGAGCAGAGCUGAACUAUGAAAAGUCCAAAUGAAGGGCGUUGAUCCCAAAUGAACUUAAGACAUUACCACAGUUGAAGGCCCAGUACCUGGUGGCUGACAAUGGUGGUACAUUUCACUUAUGGAAGACCCUCAGUACUUUCAUUUUGUGGGAGCAGAGGCAUUGGGUCAAAGAGGCCACAGCUUGUACCAUAACAUUAGAGCUUGUUUAUUCAACUACCGGCAACCAGUGCUCUGCAAUUGAUGCCAGAGUUGCGUUAAUUAGGUUUUUGGUACUCUAUCAGGCUGUCUGACUUGAAAUAAUGAAGUAAUAAAAACAGCCUCUUCUAUAUACACAGACUGGUGUAUUUCAAAUGUUUUUGUUUUUUAUAAUUCUCUAUGAUAAAAUAUUUAUAAGGCUAGCAUGCAUGGAUAUGGUAAAGGGUCAGUGAUAAAUAUGUUUCAGUACAAGACUCAAACCAGGCAACUAUAUUUAUACUCCAUUUAUGUUUACAAACAAAUAAUCAAUAGCAAUUCAAAAUGCUUAUCUGCUCAAGCCCUUAUAAGCUUGUGUUUGGGUAUAUAAUAACAAUCUGAAAUGGACAGCUAACCUUUGAUCACAUUAAGUCCAUUUGUGUUUAGACAAUGGCAACAUUUUUGUAAUUUCGCCUCUCACAGCACUAGUUGUAGAUUUUAAAUCAAAGAGCUUGAUUUAAAGCGUGAGCUUGAACCGCUUUUGAAUUUAAGCAUUUUUUUUAACAAACAUAGUCCCUCAUUUUCACCAAAAGGACUGAAAGCACAUGGUAGUCAGCUAGAUUUUUCCCUUUUCUAAUAAAGCCUUUCCCAACAUCUAAGCUAGUCAAAAAACUCUCAUUGAGGUAGGCGUACUAUUGUCAAAGUCUGUCAUUAGAUGCCUUCAAAGAUACAAAAACAGGGAAUUUACAACAAGAACAAAAGACCAAACUGGAUUUCUUUAGAAAACAAAAGUGCCUGCAGAUUUCUGAAGAACAAAAAUCUCUGGACAGAAUCACCAUAAACCAGAACAGUAAGGAAAGUGUGUAGAGAAAUAAAGAAACCGCUCAUGAUCCAAAAAAUUCCACAUUAUUUGUCAAGUAAACAGUAAAUGUAAUGUUAUAGCAUUGGCGUGUAUGGUUGCCAAAUUGGGUCACUAGUGUUUAAUGAUGAUGUGCCUGCUGAUACAAGCAGCAGGAUGAGUUUUGAAGUGUACAUGGCUAUAUUCUCAUUUUCAGCCACAUGCUCCACAACUGAACAGAAUGUGCUUCCCAGGGCAAAUGGCUAACGACCCAAAUCAUUUUGCAAGACCCCAGAGUUUCUCAAGGCAAAGGCAUGAGAGAUUCUUCAUCAGGCAAGUCAGUCAUCUGAUCUCAACACAACAGAGCUUUUCAGUUGUUAAAUAACAAACUGAAAACAGACAGACCCACAAACAAGCAUCAACUGAAAGCAGCUGCAUUAGAGGCUUCUCAAGGGAGAAAAUGCAGCAUUUGGUGAUGUUCAUGGAUUCUAGACUUCAGUCGGCCAUUGACUGUAAAUGAUUUUCAUCAUCAUUUUCAUGAAAAACAAUCCUUAUUUAAACUUCUUAUGCUGAACAGUGAAAAGGUCAUAAAAACAGCGUCUGAUGUGAAGAGCGGAUGCACGGAUAGAUCUCUAUUUAUUAUGCAUUGAACCUGCUUUAAAGUUCUAGUGCAGUAAUGGCUGUGUGAUGGCUGGCUGCCUUGUUAUUGUUGUUUUCAUUGUUACAUCAUCCCUUCAAAGGGGAAGUCAUGCUGUUUAUCAUUUGACGGCAUAAUAUUGACCUAGAUUUCUCUUACUAAGUCAGUCAUAAACAAAUAAAAAUACAGAUCAGUUCAAUGAAAAUAAAUGAUUAUUUAUUUAAAUGUUUGUAAUAGAUUACUUUAGGGUUGUGUUAUUUUUUGUUGAAUUAUCUAUUUUAAACCAUGUUGAGAA